UUGUAUUAUUUGCGUGUUUUUAUAAAAACCAUUUUCCCAUCUUCCUCAUCACCUUCCCAAGAAGAAGAAAAACAUUGGAAAGAAGAGAGAUUAGCAAUGAUGGGCAGUGUUGGGCUGAAUCUGAGGGAGACUGAGCUGUGUCUUGGUCUUCCCGGCGGUGAUACGGCGUCGCCAGUGACUGGAACCAAGAGAGGAUUCUCAGAGACGGUUGAUCUGAAGCUGAAUCUGAACAGUGAACCUGAAAGCAAGGAAGGAUCUAAGAGCCACGACGUCGUGAGUGCUGUUUUCAAGGAAAAGAGUUCAUGUCCCAAAGAUCCAACCAAGCCUCUUGCCAAGGCACAAGUUGUGGGAUGGCCACCGGUGAGAUCAUACCGGAAGAACGUGAUGGGUUCAUGCCAAAAAUCAAGCAGUAGCGCGGAAACGGCGGCGUUUGUGAAGGUGUCGAUGGACGGAGCACCGUACUUGAGGAAAGUCGACUUGAAGAUGUAUAAGAGCUACGACGAACUCUCUGACGCUUUGUCCAACAUGUUCAGCUCUUUUACCAUGGGAAAUAAUGGAGGAGAAGAAGGAAUGAUAGACUUCAUGAAUGAGAGGAAAGUAAUGGAUACAGUGAGUAGUUGGGACUAUGUUCCCUCUUAUGAAGACAAAGACGGUGAUUGGAUGCUCGUCGGCGACGUCCCUUGGCCAAUGUUCGUUGAUACAUGCAAGCGUUUACGUCUCAUGAAGGGAUCUGACGCCAUUGGUCUCGCUCCUAGAGCAAUGGAGAAGUGCAAAAGUACGAGCUUGAAGUUGAAAGAUUAAGAGGUAAUGAUCAUGUAUUUCAUUAACACACUGAUGAGUGUUAAUUGUGGGUUUUACUAUGAAAAUCUUUGUUUCAAAUCUACAUUUUUAUUUUCAUUGUCUGUUUUGAUAUGAAUUAUAUGUUGGUGUGUAGAUACGAUUUAUAUGCUAUAAUUAUAAGUAAUGAACUUAAGUUAAAUA